AUGAAGGAAAACGAAAAGUUUGGAGUUGGUUUACAAUUGAUCCAUUUUGAUGUACCAUCAAUACUAAAACAUGCUGCUGUGCAGUUGGAAAAUGGUGCAGCCAAAGGAUCAAAGCGGCGAAAGAUCGAUAGGAACUCGAACGGACUAGUCAUCGGAGAUUUGCACUAUACUGAUUUUAACGAAAGUAUAAGAAACAAAGAUGAAGACAAGACUUUCUCGAAGUUCGAAUGGGUUGUCAUUGCCAAUAGGCAGUUAAGACUCAAAUCAGAAUCACCCAUCCUAAUAGGUGAUUUUUCUAAUAAAUUCCAAGAUUUAAAUGGGACUUCAGCGUCUACGUGGCAGCUACAAACAGAAGAGAUCAAGGUCAGUAUUGAUUCAGAUGACCAGUUAAUUUUAAUUAAAAGUAAAACUAACUCAAAGCUUAAGUCACUGCUUUUACUCUCAAUCAAUAUUGCUUCGUAUGAUAAGAAGCUUAAAUCUGUUUUAAGAAAUGAGUUAUCUAUUAUUAAUCUGCCUGCUCCCAAGAGAAACUUUAAUACAUUAUCGUUUGACCUGCCCUUACUUACAAUCAUUUUCGAUGCUCAAGCGAAUGAAGUAGAUAUUGCCAUUGAUUUUAAUAUACGCUUAAAAUCAGGAGUUUUCAACUUUUUUCCUUCGGAUUUGAUAAGUAAAAUUUCAUCAAUUGUGUUGAGUAAAAGCCAAGAAAUGGGAUCUAAGCUAUGGUCUUUUGACACGGAUUAUAACUUGAAUGAACCUAUAUCGCCUAGAUUAUUCUAUAAUGUUAUUUCACAUCAAACUUCGAAGAUACCGAAAGUUGAGAAGCACUUUGAUAUUCCUGAGCUCAACACCAACCUUUUAAAGUUUCAGAGAAAGUCUGUAAAUUGGUUUUUGGAGAAAGAAGGAGUUGCAUACGAUUGGGAAACCAGUAGAUGUAUUGAAGUUCCACUUGUUGAUCAUGACACAAUUGAAGGCAUCACAAAGUACCUUCAAGAUCGGAACUGUGAUCAAGAAGGUUUGGAUCACAUAGAUUAUAAGCUUCUUUCGGUUUUAAACAGGUUUUGCUUUGGCUGGCUGCGGUUCCUUAUAGAAAAUGAGAUUUACUUUUUUAACAAAUAUUCAGGAAACAUUUUAAAACGGAUUACUGCUUACGAAUAUUUUUUGUUUUAUCAUGACCAGCAGAACGCUGAACUUUAUCCCAAACAUUUGCCAGCACAGGGUCUCUUAGCUGAGGAAAUGGGAUUAGGAAAAACCGUUGAGGUCACUACUGCUAUUUUAAUGAAUCAGAGACCAAUUGACGAAAUCAAUGAGCCUGUAAAAUUGAAACUCCUGCCAUAUGGCGAUGUGAAGAUCGUAAUUAAAGCUAGGACCACACUUAUAAUAGCACCAGAUUCUAUAUUAAAACAAUGGGUAGAAGAAAUUUCUACGUUAGCACCUUCAUUAACCGUAACCAUUUAUGGCGGUGUUGGGAACUACCCUAAACUUCAGAACAACGCAACUUUGGUGGCCGAGUAUCUACGAAGCUUUGAUGUUGUUUUUACGACUUACUCCACAAUUUCAAAAGAAUUAGAUUAUGCAUUGUAUUCAUCUAAAGUCAAACCAACUAGGACGGCAACUAAACGCAAGUAUACUUAUACGGAUGAUCAGUAUGACAUACAGGGAAUAUCUCAUCGUGACCCCAAUAACAAUAAUGAGAAAAGUUUAGAGGAUGCUUUGAAGGAAUAUAGGUACCUCUUCCAGCUUAGUCUAUCCAAUAAGAGAUCAAAAAUGAAAAAUCUGGAUUCUUCCGAGAAUAAAUCAGACAUUGAUUAUGAAAAAGAACUAAUGGAUGAGAUUCAAAUGGCUGUAAAUCAUAAUAAACUCCCCCCAAUUUAUUCAAAUACUGACUAUCAGUCACCACUCAUGCUUAGUCAGUUUUGGAGGGUGGUAUUGGACGAAGUACAGAUGGUGUCUUCUAAGCUUUCAAGAGCUUUUCAGUCCGCAGCUUUAAUUCCCAGAUUUCAUGCUUGGGGGGUAUCUGGGACCCCAAUCAAGAAAGAUUUAAAUGAUUUGCAUUCAAUAUUAAAAUUCUUGAAAAUAAGGCCCUUUGAUGGUAACGCCAAAUACUUUUGGAAGACUUUUACUAUGCCCGAUGAUGGAAGCAAUAAAGAUUUUAUAAGGUUAUGGACUAUUGUGGGAUUACGACAUACAAAAGCGAUGGUGCAUGAUGAUAUCCAGCUUCCUCCCCAAAAUCGUGUUCUAAUGACAAUUCCUUUUACUGCCGUCGAACAAGAAAAUUACAACCAGACUCUUGAGGAAUGCCUUGCUACUAUAUGUCUUGAUAUUAAUGGAAAUCCUGUCUCGGAUGAUUGGGAACCUUCUCCAACUGUUCUUGCAUUUAUGAGGAGUUGGCUAGUUCGACUUCGUCAGAUUUGUUGUAAUCCUCAAAUUGGCAAGCUUAAUAUUUCUUCAAAAAAAUACAAGACACGAAGUCAUGGCUUUCAAGGAAGAACCGUCAACACUAUACAGGAGCUCAAGACCUUAGAGAAUGUCCUUGAUGAUAUGUUGGCAAGAGCUGCUGAUCAAAUAUCCGAGGCAGAGAGGCAACUAAUUCAACUCUACAUUGAUGUUGGCCAAUUUGAAGAAUAUAUUUUAGAGCCUAAACGAGCAUUAGAAUUUUUAGAAAUGGGCGUCAUACAAACUCAGAGAAUAAUUCAUAGAUUAGACUUAAAUGUGGAAUCUCUCAAGAGAGGUUACCAGAAAUACAAAAUUGAGAAAAAUAUUGCUGUAAAUGAUGAAGAUCAAGAUGACGAGGUUAAUGAGGAGUCAACGCUAAAAUUUCAAGAGGAUGCUGUAAUGCGAACAUACGAAGAGAAGAUAAAAACUACAAAACUAAGGAUCAGGGCAUGGAACAUUUUAUUACAUAAAUUUUAUUUUUUAAUUGCAUCAGGAUAUUUCCAACUCUAUGAUAGUGAAUAUCAAGACAAAAUAAGGCGACUUGGGACCAUGGAAGCUCCUUUAAGUGUUGCUUUGUUGGAAUUUAAAGACAAAAGUGUACAAUAUAAGUCUGAUGAAAUUUCAACAUUAAUAAACGGGAUUCCUCAUCACGAUCUUAAUUUCAAAGAACUUAACUAUUUGAAAGAAUUUGAACCUGAUUCUAUUAGAAAUGAAGAGGAAAGAAGAAUUUCACAAUUUAUAUUUUUAGAGCUGAAGUUCUAUGACUUGGCUGAAAAAGCGAGGCAGAGUAUACUAAAAAGCUCUAUCAGGAACGUUGAGAAAGUAGUAUAUUCAAGAAUCACUUCCAAAAGUCUCUACUGUCUGUCUGAACUACAAGAUAAUGGCUCAACAUUGCUACCCAAGAGUUCAAAGUCCUUUUUUAAUGCUUUACCAAUUAUCGACAUAGAUCCAACGAGGGACCUUGGUAUAUCUAUGAGGGCUAGAAUAACUGUUGAUAAAAUAGACAAGCUCAUUAUGCAGUUAAAUGAACAAGCUAGAGUCAUAAAUUCUUGGAUGACCGAAUUAGUUAGCAUACUUUGCAAGCCUCUCGUGACACACGACAAAAAUCCAGAUGGUGAAGAAUACGAGGAUUCAAUUAGGGAUCAAGAUAAAGUAUCCUGUUAUCUUCAUGUGCUUGUUCAGUCUUUGACUGAGAGAUCUGAAUACGUGUUAGGAGGUGGAGCAUCUGUGAAGAUUGUGAGUGUAAAGAAACAGCAAGAGCAUGAUAUGGAACUAGAACUACAAAAAAUCAAUGAUGCCAUGUUUCUAAAUAAUCUUCAGGAAAAGAGGAAGGUAUCGAGGCCAUCAGUUAAAACAUCACUCAACGAGGCGCUCUCUGAUCUUAGGUCAAUUGAUGCAGAUCUCCGGGAUGAGGAAUUUUUAGAUAGUGAAUUGCUAAAACUCCAAUUAAACUUAAUAGAAUCCUUAAGUAAGAAGCUUAGAAUCGUUUUCGAGAACCAGAAAGUUUCUCAGGUGUUACUACAGAAGGAGAUAUCGCAAAAUUGCAAUGCCGUAUUUAAUGCCCGUAUUGACUACUUUAAACAGUUGCAGCAAAUAUCUGAUAGUGUGAAGCCUCAGUCCUAUGCUUUAAAUCAAGACAAUUUGAAUCUUCAUGAAAUAGAUCUCUAUUUCAGAAAUUUCACUAGUUCUUGCAUGACGAUAAAGAGCUCAAUUGAUAAAGCAAUCGCAAAGUUCCGUUAUCUCAAGUCUUUAGUUAAGCCUGAAAAAAGUGAUGAUAAUGAUGAUAGUCUCACUUGCAUAAUAUGUCGCUCAAUGAUAACCAUUGGGUCUUUAACACAAUGUGGACAUAAAUAUUGUAAGGAAUGUUUGGAGCAGUGGCUAAGAAACAAUAGAACUUGUCCAAUGUGCAAGUCAUCAAUUAGCAUGAACUCUGUCUAUAAUUUUACUCAUCAUAAACCGAACCUAAAAAUGAACCAAGUUGAAGAAAAAAAGAGUGGAGAUAAGGCUAAUAGUAACUUAUAUUCUAUAUAUCGACCAGUUGAAAGGAAUAUUGUUGAUGACAUUCAAAAGGUGCGAUUGAAAAAUUCUUACAGUUCUAAGGUUGAUUUAAUCGUCAAGCAAGUUUUAUACUUGAAAGAAAAGGAUCCGACUGUUCAAAUUGUGAUAUUCAGCCAAUGGCAAGAUCUUUUGUAUAUAUUAGGAACUGCAUUUAAAACAGUGAAUAUUUCGUACUUGGGUUCAUAUGGAACACUAACACCAGAAGUUGGUGGUGGGAGACGUCGCUCAAAAUAUGAAAGUGUGGAAGAGUUUAAGGAUACGAAGAGAGGAAUAACUUGUUUCUUGUUAAAUGCGAAGGCUCAGGCUAGCGGGUUGACCUUGAUAAAUGCUACCCACAUUUUCCUUUGCGAGCCAUUAGUAAAUACGUCCUUAGAACUACAAGCUAUAUCAAGAAUUCACCGAAUCGGUCAGACAAAAGAAACAACUGUUUGGAUGUUUGCGAUAGAAAACACAGUGGAAGAAAGUAUUGUUCUAAUGUCGACUAACAAAAGGUUGCAAUAUCUAGAUCAAAACUUUGAAGGCCAAAAAAACAAAGGAUUUCGAGGCCCAGGAGGAUCAGUUUUAAGAUCUGAGGGUAGGAGUCUCAGCAAAGCUGAGUCUAUAGCCCUUAUGAAUAGUGGAGGCAUAGAUACGCUAAUAAACAAAGGAAAUGGUGAAGGAGAAACAGUAACUAAUGCAGAUUUGUGGAACGCUUUUUUUUCUACGACAUCCGUCAUGCCUUCUCCCAUAGGCGAAUCUAACUCUUAA